AUGUCUCAAGCUAAUAAAGGCAAAGGCAAGCAAAGGGACCCCCCUCCGACCCUGUUUCUUCAUCCGUCCCCCGCUGCCUCUCAUGUCUCCCUCCCCGGAAUCCUGGCACCUCCCGGUGGCCUAGGCUCGACGAGCACCUCAGCUGCCGGCAUGACUUCCUCGGGGGCACCUCCUCUGUCCCGCACUAGCUCCCUGCUGCGCCAAGAUGUAGGCGCGCCACCCUCAAGUCAGCCCGAGGCCCGGAGGCCCGGUGCCAACUUCUUGCGGCCCUCGGGGCUGGGCAACCUCGGGGCGGCCUUCUCCAUGCCGCAUCCGCUGCGCCAGGAGUCGACGCGCACUACCGAUAGGACGGACGCGCUGUGGGCCGAGAUGCAAGCGACGCUGGAGGAGGUCGAGCUGUCCGCGUCGGGCGGAACCAGGGUCUUCGGACCCGAUCACGACCACAAGCUCGCGGAGCUGAGACAGGCGCAGAUCGCGCUGGCUCAGGCCUGGGCGCGAAGCGAGGCUGAUGAGGCCAUCGAGACCAACUUGUCUGCGGCCGAGGCAGAGGCCAGGAAACUCAAGUCCACAGUGUCCGGAGGCAAAGACACGGCCGGUGGGGAUACCGGCGCAGGAAGGACCGAGGGAGGCAGCACGGCUGGCGGUAGUGCUCGUCCCGGGAGCAGCGUGGCCGGUCACGAUGCUGACAAGCUCGGUGCGAAGAUGGGAGAGGAAACGGAGGUGGACAUUCUGCUAGCAAGAAAGCGGAGAGAAGCCAACGACCGUUAUUUCUCGCGGGUGAAUCAGGGCGUGUUGGACGUUGUGGCCAAACUCGAGGAGGUUGCCGUUGCCAUGAGAGCCGUUGAGCAGGAGAGCAAAGACAUAUGGGGAGACAACGAGAGCGUGCCGAGCAGUGUGAAGACAUAA